AUGGACAACGUUGAUGACGAAGGAUUUCAAGGUCAAGAAGGAGCUCAUACUCUGGUAGGUGGAAUGAAGAACAUGUUAACCCAACAUAACUUGCACUGGGAUCAAAAUCACAAAACAACAGAACAUCUAAUUUCAUUGGGUUUUAAGUAUAUAGAGUUUGAUUGUUGUUGGAGGCACACGUACUAAAAUAGUGGCUGAUUUGUCGUGUUUCUAUAAACCAUGUCUAGAUUGACUAUAUGCUUGAUUUACUGACAAUAAAAUAGGUGAAAUAUCAAACCUCUUUCAAAAAUAGUAUUGGCUGUUGCCCUCAGCGUGUAGGGUAAAUGCAUUUACCUCCAUUGGAUAUGACCUUUAAUCUUUGCCAGGCAUAAUGAACAAAAAAUUAAACUACAUGCCUAGCUCGACUGUAUAUUUCUGCUGCAUGACAAUGGACACAUUAAAAAUGAAUUUUUUUGUGUGUGAAUUUUUCAAUUUUCCUAUCGAAUGGUACUCUUCCUAGAACGGGUAUUUAACAAUUAGGCACUGAAGUGAAGGUGAGUAGUGCAAGCUUCGUAAUCAAGUAAAAAUAUGCUCGUCCGUCACCGGACCACAAUGGGAAAACAGCGCAAGGAUAUCCGCAGUUGAGCAACCAAUCAGAUUGCGCAACAGGACUACCCACCUAGAUAUAUAGAUAGAAAAACUUUAUUUAAACACGCUGACCCCGUCAACCGAAGCUGAUUUCCACGAGGGGCGUGCAAUUAGAUAGUCAUGUACUAUUUAAAACACGAGUAGGAGUGUUUUAUCAGAUAUAAAACGCGAGGCGCAGCCGAGUGUUUUACUAUGUCUGAUAAAACACGACAACGAGUGUUUUGAAUAGCUUAAAAUACGACUACAAAAGAAUACUAAUUAGGAUGAACCAUUAUAUAAUCAUACUAAUUCGGAUGAACAAUUAUAUAAUGCCGCAUGCUUUACCAGAUAUAAAGUCACUCCACGCGCGCGUGACAUAUUAUGGCUGACAUGAUUUGCCACAAGGUUUAUGAAUUAUUAAUGAGUAUUUUAAAUAUAAUAUAACAAUUGUGCUACAAUGGGACGCCAGUAGUUUAGUAUGUAUAGAUUGUGUAAAAUUGUAUCUGAGUGAGUUAUGUGACAUAUAAUUUGUUGUUCUGUUAGAUCACGUAGAUGUAUUUAUGUUUAUAUUUAUAUAUUGUAGUUAGUUUCACGUGCACGACCACAUCAGCUAUGCUGUAAAUUUACCAUCGUGUUUAAAUAAAUGCUUUUAUUAUUAUUAUUAUGUACAAAAGUAUACAUAUGAAGAAUUUUAGAAGCUAUUUACAAACUUAUAUAAGAUAUAUAGUAUUAUAUAUAACGUAAUUAACUAGAGUGAUAUAGUCUAUUUACAAGAUAUAUAUUUUACAUUAGCUAUCAAUCAAUGUGAGUAGUGAUUCUCUUUCGAAUGGAAGAGAAGGAUUUGCUCUCUCUAAUUUCUUUUGGAAUGGAACCUCCCGAGUAUAUGCUAAUGUGUUUUAGCUUGACGAUGUUAUUUUGUUGUUUUUUUGUAAUCAAAUGCAGUUAUCGCAAAAAGCAUCGACAUUGAAAGAUGCACCAGAGCAAGAAAAGCCUUUGAAGAAGACGGAAAAUGAAAAUGUCUCCCUUGUUCUUAAGAAAGAAUCUAAGGAUAGCAAUAAACAAGGGCCGAGUCAUCAGGGGGAGGGAGGAAAGAAGGCGUCACUUGGCGAAGGCGACGAUAAUGACGAUCGAUGA